AAGCACUUGGUUUGUGACUAUAGCACGGAAAGUUUGUGCGCUGCAGAAUCGCAUUGAAACACGGCUACAUACGGCAACUGCGGUCCCUGGCAUGACUUCAUGAGCAAUACCGUAAAAGCAACCUUUUCGGAGCACAUAAAAAUCAAGAUACGUUGGUCGUCAUCAUCUCCUUCGUCGCCAUCCAGCAACAGAAAAUCAAAUAGCGCUAGAAAAAUGAGUGACCGCAAGGCAGUGAUCAAGAAUGCCGAUAUGGGCGAAGAAAUGCAGCAGGACGCGGUGGACUGUGCGACGCAGGCACUGGAAAAGUACAAUAUCGAAAAGGACAUUGCCGCCUACAUAAAGAAAGAGUUCGACAAGAAGUACAACCCCACCUGGCACUGUAUCGUCGGUCGAAACUUUGGGUCGUAUGUGACGCACGAAACGCGCCACUUCAUCUAUUUCUAUCUCGGUCAGGUUGCCAUCCUAUUAUUUAAGAGCGGUUAAAUCGACCAUUAGCCUAGUACUCGAUAUGCGUUAAGAAGAGGUGCCGCGGCCGGAACAGGAAAAGGGGUCUUAUGGAGGAGGAACGUGGAAAGCUUGCUGUGUCGUGUAAAGCGCGAACGAAAUUGUAGCUCUAUCGAUGCUUACGUGAGGAGAGAGAUAGGGGGAGAGAGAGAGAAAGAUGAGAUAGAAACGUAAGACGAGCGAAACGAACGAGAAGGAAGGAUGUUGUGAAGAGAUUUUACAGCGCUUGAGUUGACUCCGACACUGGCAGAGGAAGACGUAGACGACGAAAGGCCGUCUCGGGCGCGGACUACACGUCCGGUUCGCAGCGGAAAAUGGAAAAGGACGAGCAACAACAAACAUAGACCCGAAACUGGAGAGAAAAAUUAACAUUCUAUAUAUUUACUAUGAAUUAUAUGAUGAUGAUGAUACACUGGAAGAAGACAAUUGUACUAGUCGCAUGCAAAACAUCAUCUCUGACUCGAGCGAGCUGAAUUCGAGAGAUGCUGAGUUGUAAGCCCGCGCGGGAAGAGCUACGCUAGCAACACAUAAGAAGCGAGCGCGCAAAUGUACAAGAAGAGACAAUGUCGAGGGGGAAGAGACCUGGUGCUGGCCGCUAAAUAAGCGCAAACGGCCCUUAUCAUCUGCAGCCAAAGUCACCCAGCAGCAGCAGCAGCAGCAGCAAAGCUACGUUUAUGAACCCGUUUGAAAACACACAAAAAAGAAACCAUUUGCAUUACUAAAUCGUACUACGCCGUGAUACAAGGAAAACAGGAAUGUAGGGAGAUGUUGUGGUCCUGAAAAACGCAGAAAAAACAAACAAAAAAAAAAACACGAAAUCCAAAACAAACGAAUAAACAUUAAAAAAUACAAUCAUUCGGUGGAGUGUGCAGCGUACGGUAUAGGCGAGAGCGUGUUUUAGGUGACUACACUCUACUAUUUUAAGCAAACCGGAGAACCCCGGUGCUGCGCCUGCUGGACCAACCGCGCGCGCAGUGAGUUAGCAGCAGCAGCAGCAGCAGCAGCAGUAGAAGACAGCCCAAAACGCAAAGCAUACAGAGCACAGGAGAUCGGGAAAGAUUAUGUGUCUGCGCGAUGUCAUCCGUAACAUGCGCCACUCGCUCUCUCAUCGCCAGAGGCAUACACGAGGAAUGUUUGAGCGAGCGCCUCGAGAGUAGAAACGGGGAUUGAUCGGUAAACGCAGGACGAGGAGGAACACAACGCAAACGCCUUCAUAGCCAGAGACCAUGAUGUGGGCGAUUGAUUUUUGUAGAAAUCACUGCGCGCACCCACGUGAAAUAUCAAAACGCGCACACGCAACGGGUGUGUGUGUGUGGGUAUGUUUAUGUGUGCGACUUUGAGUGUGACAUAUACAAAAAAACACAAUACCGAGACACUUUUAGUGAGAGAGAGACUAGAAUGCACAAUUUCAACAAGACCACGGCCAUGCAAUGACAUAUGGUGCUGCUGCGUCCCAGUAUCAAACAACACACACAACAACUCUUCAGCCCGUUACACAACACGCACCGAUCGCGCAUACCAGAGAAAGAUGAUCGUGAUGGACACAGGACAUUCGCACAUAGACACACGUACACAGAAAGCUUUCAGUUUUCGUUCACAAAUAAUUUAAAGCUUGCCACCUCUUGAUCGAUACCAGUAGUGCUGUGUUGUGGCGGAUGGUUCUUACGAAGCGUAACUGCCGGUGGCGGCACAUGUUUCCUCCCACGCGUGUUCUUUUUUCCUUUCUCUCUCUCUCUCUCUCCUAAUACGCGCGCUCUAGAAGAUAUCUGCGUAUCGCAGAAGAGACGUUUUGUUUCGGGAAGACGCGAGGGGGCUAUUCCGGCGUUCGGGUGGAGCCUUCGAACGUCGUGUACGGAGAACGGUUACAUUUGUUUAUAACACCGCCGAAUUUAUUCUCAAUGCGAAUCAUACUACUGAAGAAUUAAUCAUACGUUUAGCGAUUAUUAGCAUUUUUGUUUGUUUGUUUUCACACAGUACCGUCGUCAGCGCGAACUCUGACGGAAGAAGACGAGAGGAGUAUAAAUAAAGAAUUUCACUCGAACCAUAAAAGAAAGUACACAACAGAGCUCUGAAGCAUGAUGCAUUACUGGGUAGUAUAGUGGGGCGAAAGGCGAACAGCAGAAUCCAACACAGAGGAGCACUGGAAGCUGUGGACGGACGGAAAAAGCAUGACAAGAAUGUGGAAGAAGGAAUGAGGACGACACGCGGUAUAUAGGGUUAUUAGAUUCACAUUAUAUUGAGAGCAAAACAAAAAGGAACACAAAAAGAAGGCUCACGUCUGGUAAAUCGUGCAGUUCGUGCGUGGCGUUAAAAAUUCACGGUCCCGUGGUGGAGUCCGAUCAUCAUCAUCCUUCUCGCCGUUAACCAAAAUCGUCGUCAUCAUUCUUGUAUCGGUGUUCAUCUCUUUUACCUCAGCAGAAAUAUGUUAAAUGUGUGUUUGUAUGUAUGCGUGUGUUUGUGUGCACAAUGAUCCUUGAAAUACUGAAAAACGACCAUCCACCACAUGACGAUUUCGAAUUGUGUGUGUGUGCGGCAUCCAUCUAUAUCUAUUAGUGUUUGUAUGUUGAAUGGUGGCCGAUCGUACGAUAGUUUGGCAACCCCAUGUUUCGAACCGUCCGUCCUUUCCAGCGCAUACCAGGGGUACUAUGUGUAAUGCAUGAUGAUGUGUAACUAUCGCUCUUCGACCUGUAACUCCGGACAUUCUAGCAAUCGACGAUCAAGAUCCGUCUCGUGCUUGAUGUGCAUUUUCUUUUCUAUUUUCGAAGGGAUAUUUAGCGGUCAGAUUCUUCUCUGAGAGAUUCAUCGUUUCCUAUUCCGUUGGGCUCUCGUCAACCAAUGUGCCCAUUUCACUACUAGAGACAGUUCAAAGUUUCCCAAAUGAUCAACAACUACUACUACUUUUUGUGCAUGAAUUUAACUUUAAAAGUGUCUACGGCAUUAUUGUUGUUUGCAAAUGGAUCCUCGCGCUACUCGUGAACCGAAGGAAAAUCAACGAUUCCGCAACGCAAUUCUUUUAAUUCUGUGUUAAACCUUUCCGAUCCUACUAUUCAGCCAAUAUGUUCGUGUACACCCGAUCCGUUCUCGAUGUAUUACCGUCACACUAGUGGCACAAGGGAAAAUGAAAACUUUUUUAAAUUACCUAGCAAAAUUCGUGACGUUGUGAAUGGAUGGAUAUGUACAUGUGUAUGUGUACGUGUAGCUGUGCAUGGUAUUGUGCUGUGCCCUCUCCAACAUAAAAUACCCCAAAUGGUGCCCCAUGGGGCUUAGAAGACCGUGUCUUUGGCCACAGGUUCUUUUCUACGCCGUCAGCUAAAGCAACUCGAUUGCUACGAUCGACCCAAUAGUGGAAAUGAAUUGUCUCAGCCAUCGCGAACAUUGACUUAACUCGUUCCACACGUUCACAUGGAUGUUUAAUUUCGCCUGUUACGUUCGAUCGGCGACGAGGAACACGAGCAAAAAAGGGCCACUUUAAGGCGGCCGCUAGACUAAACAACACAGAGCAUUGAAUGUUGGAGCAGGUGGAAGUAGUUGAAUGAGUGAACUCUCAGAGUGAACAAAAGAAAACAAAAACUUAUGCAAAAAAUAACAUAAAUGAAUAAAAAACGCAAAAA